GACCUAGAAAUUGACAAAAUGGGAUAUGAUUGUGUUGCAAUAAACAAUGAUGUGCCUGAUUUUCUUGAAGUUGGAAAAAAGAUAAAACAUCAGAAAGUUAAGUCACCAGAAGAAAUAAAACCAGAAACAGCAAUAAUACAGAAAAUACAAGAUUCAGGAAGACCCCUGAGAAUUCUUUCCAGAUUUACAACAACUAUAAAUAAUAACCUUAACAGUACAAAACUAAACACAACAGAAAUACAGUGUUAUGAUAUAGUUGCUGUUCGUCCAACUACUGAUGCUCUAUUUCAAAAUGCAUGUCGGGUAUUAGAUAUUGAUGUUAUAUCAUUAAAUCUAACAGAAAAAUUACCAUUUUAUUUAAAAAGAUCUUCCAUCAAUGUGGCAAUUGAAAGAGGUUUAUAUUUUGAAAUUAUGUACAGUCCAGCCAUCAGGGAUCAGACUAUGAGAAGAUAUAUUAUAUCUAAUGCCUGUGAUCUAGUCCGAGUAACCAAAGGAAAGAAUGUAAUUAUUACAAGUGGUACUGACAAGUCAAUAGAAUUAAGAGGACCAUAUGAUAUAGCCAAUUUAGCUCAGUUAUUUGGGAUGACUUUUGAUCAAGCAAAAGAUGCCGUUUCUAGAAACUGUCGAAGCUUAAUGAUGCAUGCUGAGUCUAGAAGAGCAGUUAAAUCAACAAUGAAUUUUACACGAAUUGUACCAGAAUUUACAGAACAACAAGAUGAAAAGAAAACACUUAAAAGAACAGCAGAGGAUACAAACAAUUCAAACCAAAAAAGUAAAAAAGCAAAAACAAUAAGCGCCAGUUGAUAAGUACAUGUAUUUUAAUAAAUUGUUUUGUUAAU